CAGCCGCGGCUCCGAGCGGCGCGCGGGCUUUCUGGAGCGCUCCUGGGGACCCCCGCUUAGAGGAGCAGAGGGGCGCCGCCCUAUUUCUGCGCUGUUACAGUGCAGCCGAAAGAGCUGGCGAAAGUGGAAGUCCACUGAUCUCCAGGUGGCACAGACACCUACUCCACGGCCUCUCCAGGUGGCACAGACUCCUACUCCACGGCCUCUCCAGGUGGCACAGACUCCUACUCCACGGCCUCUCCAGGUGGCACAGACUCCUACUCCACGGCCUCUCCGGGUGGCACAGACACCUCUGUCAGCUGCCAGAGUCCGGGAGACGGCUCCACCUGCCCAGGACAGCGGCAGCACAGGUUCUUCCAGGGAGCGAGGGAGACCAGGGCCGGCGCUCCUGGGAAGAGGGGUUAUGGACACAGCCUGCUGAAGGGCUCAGGGCGACAAGCCACUGCCUGCUCGCCCCUUGUACCUGGACCAAGACAACCCACUCAGGGACCAGAACUGUUGAGUGAACCACAGCAGCCUCUACAGCAGCAGUGUGUUUCUAUUCAAUCUCCUAAUUCUGUUCUGUCCCACUGGGACCUUUCCAAAAUAGUCCAUAUCCCUUAUUGAAUCCCACACUGCACCACGACCGCCAGGCCUUAGUCAUCCCGAGACACAGGCCACUCGUGAGGGUUCCCUCUUGCAGCCCCGGAUCAGGAUCAGGAUCAGGAUCAGGACAAUUUCCUGUCCCAAUGAAAACAGCAGCAGAACUGUCUUGACGUCCCAAUGCCAGUGUGACUACUGGCUCGGCCCACUUGUUAUUGCACACUUUCAACUGGAGGACAUUUGACCUGUUGACCGCAGAUUCUCCUGGGACGGGUUAAGAGAUUAAACUCAAUUAGUGGUGAAGAUACAGUACCGGGCUUUUUCUGGCCUGGUCAUCAACAGAAACUGUUUCUCUAAGCUAAUUCUGCUUGAGGAAUGGGUGUCUGUAAGAAGAGUUUGGAUUGCAGGCCAGGGCUUCAGGAAAACAACACAGCUCUCCGUGAGUGCUGACAGAGUUUCUCUUGUAAUAAGACCUGAAUUUAGGACUUCCUGCAAAAACUCUGGCUCAGUCUGUGUACAGUAUGCUCAGUGACAGAGAUGGUAAAUGCCUGCGUAUCUGUUUAGUUCUCAAAUCUGAGAGUUUGUUCUCCUGAAGGAGACAUCUGAGGAAGGACCAGAGCUCAGAGAGAGCUGCAGUGUUUCUCUCCCUGUCUCUCGGACUGCCUUGGGUCCCCUGCAGGACUAAUUGAAUUCAUGGCUGGAGAGGUGGCCGCCCUGCACUGGAGUCCCUGCUUCUGUUCCGCCGCGGCGGCCCGGCUUCGUGGGACAGAAACGGCCACGGAGAGAGACGAGGACACGAGGACCAGUCCCCUCCGGCUCGUCCACAGCGCUGGCGAAGCACAGCGUUAGACUGCCAGAGAGCUUUGCCUUGAAUGUCUGAUUUUUCAUCCUUCUGUCCCCCAACUCAGUGCAGUAAAGCCCCUAACGUCCUCAACAGUUUGAGAUUCACCUGUCCAUACUGCAAGUCAGGAGAGGGUAUAGUGCCGAAGACAGUUAAUUCACUUGCUCAGCAAGGGACAGAGAUUUCUCUUGUCAGAUAAUUGCCUUUAAUUGCAAAGAGGCUCAGAGUAAUUGAGUAAAUCAGUGGCUAAUUGAGUAAGUUGAGAAUGGACAGAUUGACAUUAGCAAGAGUCUUAGGCUGCUCGGUGGACUUAUUUGCAAAUCUAAAGCCACAGACUGUGCCUUUUGUGUGUGCUGCCACCUGACUGUGGGCAGCUUUCCCACAACCUCAGCUGUACUGAAUUGCCCGAUAAUAAACUCUCAGCACGGGUUGGCAAUUACUUUUUAAACAAAGCAGGUUGCCUUUCUCUUUAACUGAAACACCACUUUAAAUUGCUGAAAUUCAAAAUCUUCCCCUUUCCCACAAGUUUAAGCAGUGCUUUUGCAGCUCAUGUUGCUCAGGAGAGGGCCCCCGUGAGGCGGGGCCGAUAUCCCCGCGCACGCGAGGAUGGCGAGGCGGGCCGACGAGGGCUGCCGCGCCGCGCUGCGCCUGAACGAGGACAACGCCCGCUUCGGCCUCCUGGCGGCGCUCAUCCUGCUGUACCUGCUGGCCGGCGCGGCCGUGUUCUCCGCGCUGGAGCAGCCGGCCGAGCUGCGCGCCCGGCGCCUCUGGAGCGAGCGGCUGCACGGCUUCACGCAGGCGCACAACGUCAGCGCGGCCGCCCUGCGCGCGCUGCUCCGCCACUACGAGGAGGCCAACGCCGCGGGCAUCCGCGUGGACCGCCUGCGGCCGCGAUGGGACUUCUCCGGCGCCUUCUACUUCGUGGGCACGGUGGUCUCCACCAUCGGGUUCGGCAUGACCACCCCGGCCACCAGUGGGGGGAAAGUCUUCCUCAUCUUCUACGGCCUGAUCGGCUGCGCGGCCACCAUCCUCUUCUUCAACCUCUUCCUGGAGCGCAUCAUCACGCUGCUGGCCUACAUCAUGCGCUGGUGCCACGAGCAGCAGCUGCGGCGGGCGGGGGGGGCGGCCCCCGGGGGGCCCCGGCGCGGCUCGGGGGCGUCGGGGGGGGAGGUGGACAGCCUGGAGGGGUGGAAGCCCUCCGUCUACUAUGUGAUGCUGAUCCUGGGAGUGGCAGCCGUCCUGAUCGCCUGCAUCGCCUCGGCCCUCUACACCACCAUGGAGGGCUGGGGCUACUUCGACUCUCUCUACUUCUGCUUCGUGGCCUUCAGCACCAUCGGCUUCGGCGACCUGGUGAGUGGGCAGAAGGAGAGCUACAGGCACCAGGUGGCCUACCGCCUGGGCAACUUCCUGUUCAUCCUGAUGGGCGUGUGCUGCAUCUACUCGCUCUUCAACGUCAUCUCCAUCGUCAUCAAGCAGACGCUCAACUGGAUCCUCCAGAAGGUGGACUGUAGCCGCUGUCGCUGUCGCCGCCGCCGCCGCUGCUGCCCCCCCAGCAAGCGCCCGCUGCACCCCCACGGCCACCACAGCCGCAACGCCGUGCAGCCCGCGCCCCCGGCCAGGAGCCGCCGCGCCGACGUCUCUGUGGAGACGGUGUGCGACAGCGAGACGGACGGGCGCCGCCUCUCGGGGGAGAUGAUCUCCGUGAAGGACUUCCUGGCCUCCAACAAGGUCUCCCUGGCCAUCAUGCAGAAGCAGCUGUCCGAGACGGCGCACGGCGGGCCGCGGCAGAGCCACGCCCGGCACAACGGCUUCUCCGGCGGCGUGGGCGCCCUGGCCAUCAUGAACAACCGGCUGGUGGAGACCAGCGUGGACAGGUAGCUCCGCACCUGCUGGG